AUGGCAGAGGUGCUGCAGUACUUGGGACCGGAUCGUCGAGCGGAAGGUACCACCAAUGCGGCGGCGGCAGAAGAACUCGUGGGAGACGACGAGGAGAUCCUGCGGUUCAUGGACUCGGCGGAUGGCUACCUCCUCCUCAUGGAUUCGCUUUCCGCCGCUCUUCGCCAGGGUUGGCUUGAUCUGGCAAGUGCUCGUCACUCGAUGGGCGCAUCACGUGUUUCGAGUGUGCUGUUUGAUCAUAAGGAGCGAUCUGCUGCCACUAAGCUGCAAGUGGAUUAUUCUGCAGAUCUGCAACCAUCAGAACCAAAGCCGCAUUUUGCUCUGUCGAAGUGGUGCUUGCAAGAAGAAUCAAGCUCCAGUGGUGUUAUCUGUGCACAAGAUAGUACUAAACCAAAACUAAGGUACCGAGGAUCAGAAGCUACCCCAGAUGGUAGCAAUGAAUCAGAUGCAACUACUGCAAAAUCUUCUACGGGCGCUGACAUUAGCAGCCAGGUUCAAACUGCAAGAUCAAAAGCAUUAUCAGUGUUCGGCGCAUUGGUGUCUCCAAAACUGCGAACAACCCAAGUUUCCUUUGAAUCAGUUGUAGGUGCCGAAGCUGGUGCGACCCGAUGCCCGCUUCUCCGCGGCCAUGCCGUCGCUCCUUGGCAGCACGAGGUUGCUGAUGGUCCUGACGAUCUGCCGCUUCAGCUGCCCCCUCUUCAGCGGGGGCCUCUUCUCCUUUGCGCCGCCGUAGUUGCUGAUGCCGCCGCUGCUGCUGUAGGAGUGCUCCAUGGCUCCACCUGUGUUGUGCUCCUUCUUCUUCUUCUUCUUCUUCUUCUUGUGUGUGUGUGUGUCUUGUGUUUGGUCCCUUUGCUUAAUGUGAAGAGGACAUGA